UCAACUCAACAACUCAGUUCGCUUCCUCAUAAUCUGCUGCGCAGUUUCAUCCCUUACAACUUGAUCUCUUUCUUCAAAGCUCUUUGCUUCAACUUUACAAUUUUCACCAAGUCCGUGACUUACACACCAUUUAACCUUUUCAAAAUGCCCUCUCUCACCAAAGUCGUCGCUGCCGUUGCCGCAUGCUCCGCCAUUGUCAAUGGCGCAGUUAUCCCAGCCGAGAACGGCCUUCACACCACCACGCUCCAGACCCGAGACACAGCCAAGGGCACUGGUCAUAUUCUCAGCAAGCGAGAGCCUGUCACCAUUGCUAUUCUGACCGCGGCUGGUACCGCGGCAGUUAGUGCCAUCGUCAGCGAGGCCGUCAGCGCUGCCGCCGCUUUUAUCGGGGACAUUUCCAACUUUGACGCUGGCCGUGAAGCCUUCACCGUUCAAACAACCGAGACCAUGAUGGCUAAUAACCCCGACCCCGAACGUUUCCAGGCCGCUGCCUGCUAUAACAAAGCCUUCUCGGUUGCUGAUCCUGCCAACAUUGACGGACAGUCCUCCGUUGAGUUCAGACUUGGAAUCCUCAACACCGAUUAUGAGUGCAUGUACAUUGCUGCACCUAACCAGUUCUUUACUGAGGGCGAUGGAGGUCUCAUCAACCUCUCCUUUACCCAUACCGAUCGAUGCACUUUUGAUCAAGAAACAGCUGAUCUCACUUGUGUUUAAGUGAAAAGCACGAGAAAUUAUCCUUUUUAGAAAAGCUUUGCUAAAGCUAGGAGAUAUUGGUCAAGCACCGGUUAGAGAUGCAGUAGUCUAGUCUUUACAUCACAUCUCAUACAAUAUUACUAAAGAAGCUCAUAAUGAUCCCCA